AUGGGUUUCUGGGACCCAGCUGGCUUCACCUUCGACGGGAGCGUGGAGAAUUUCGCGCGCCGCCGGCAGACGGAGCUCAAGCACGGUCGCGUGUCCAUGUUGGCCACCAUGGGCUACAUCACCCCCGAGGUCAGCGGGAAGUUCCCUGGCUAUUUGUCUCCGUCGUCGGAGCUGAAGUUCGCGGACAUCCCGAACGGCCUGGGCGCCAUCUCCAAGGUGCCCGCGGCGGGCUGGGCGCAGAUCGUUGCCUACGCCGCGUUCUGCGAGCUGUCCCAGAACCAGUCCGCGGGCACGCCGGCGGCGAAGGGCGACUUCGGCUGGAAGGUGCUCACCGCCAGCGACCCGACGGAGAGGCAGAAGAAGCUGGCUGCUGAGAUAGCGAACGGUCGCCUUGCUAUGGUGGCAAUCAUCGGGAUGUUCUUCCAGGACGGGCUGACGGGCUCCGCGUGGGGCGACUGGGCUCUGUACACCGACUCCCCGCUGCGAGCGUUCGAGAGCGAGUUGGGUGCUAUGGCGCCGUUUGGUUUCUGGGAUCCCGCUGGCAUGUGUGCAGACGGUGAUGUGGAGUCCUUCAAGCGAAGGCGUGCCACCGAGCUGAAGCACGGGCGAUUGGCAAUGUUCGCGUGCUUGGGCUAUAUCGUGCCGGAGUUUUACAAGUGGCCCGGAUAUUGCUCCGAGAGCAAGGGCUUGCCCUUUCAGGAAAUCCCCAACGGCCUUGCGGCGGUGUCCAAGGUGCCGGGCGCGGGAUGGGUGCAGGUAUUUUUGUUCUGUGGCACCGUCGAGAAGGCCGUCCUCGUGCACGACCCUACGCGUGCGCCCGGGGACUUUGCGAACGGUGGCGUGCUCGGCGUGCCCAACGGCAGCGCCAUGCCGGCGGGAGAGGGCAGGAACCGCAAGCUGAUUUCCGAGAUUGCGAAUGGCCGUUUGGCAAUGAUGGCAAUCAUCGGGAUGUUAUUCCAAGACGGGCUGACGGGCUCCGCGUGGGGCGACUGGGCUCUGUACACCGACUCCCCGUUGCGAGCGUUCGAGAGCGAGUUGGGUGCUAUGGCGCCGUUUGGUUUCUGGGAUCCCGCUGGCAUGUGCGCAGACGGUGAUGUGGAGUCCUUCAAGCGAAGGCGUGCCACCGAGCUGAAGCACGGGCGAUUGGCAAUGUUCGCGUGCUUGGGCUAUAUCGUGCCGGAGUUUUACAAGUGGCCUGGAUAUUGCUCCGAGAGCAAGGGCUUGCUCUUUCAGGACAUCCCCAACGGCCUUGCGGCGGUGUCCAAGGUGCCGGGCGCGGGAUGGGUGCAGGUAUUUCUGUUCUGUGGCACCGUCGAGAAGGCCGUCCUCGUGCACGACCCUACGCGUGCUCCCGGGGACUUUGCGAACGGUGGCGUGCUCGGCGUGCCCAACGGCAGCGCCAUGCCGGCGGGAGAGGGCAGGAACCGCAAGCUGACUUCCGAGAUUGCGAAUGGCCGUUUGGCAAUGAUGGCAAUCAUCGGGAUGUUCUUCCAAGACGGCCUCACUGGCUCCGCGUGGGGCGACUGGGCCUCUUACACCGACUCGCCAUUGCGGUGA